UUCCUUAUCCUAGUAUCAGAAGUUGGACGACUAGCGGAGUGAUCAGUCCAGAUCAAAGGACUAAGUUCUACUAUGCAGACCCAGCGGAAACCAACAUUGAAUUGGUGAAUAAAAUCUUAGAAGGUGAAUUUGUGGCACUCCACGGUCCACGAGCGUCCGGAAAGUCAACACGAAUAUAUCGUACCAUGCAGCAAUUAACAGAACGACAUAAUUGCCAUUGUUUCUACAUUACUUUACAAAACGUCGAAAUUGACACUUGCGCAGCACGUUUCUGGUCUGAUUUAGGAAGAAAUCUACAAAUAUUGAAUGUUUCUUUAUUUAAUCGUCCAUCUAUAAAGUCUGGAAGUGAGUUUGCCGCAGCAUUUAACGAAUGGAACUCCGUCGUCAUCUUCGUAGAUGAGUUUGAUAGAUUGUAUGGUGCAAUCGAUAAAGUUCGUAACGAGUUCCUUGGUUGCUUUCGCACCAUCAAGCACGCUAUGGCCGCGAAUUCGAAUUAUCCUAUCCUUUCGGUAGUCGUUGUUGGAACUUUUGGAAUUCUUGAGCUGAACUCAAGCAAUGACUACGAUUCACCAUUCAACGUCCGAAACCCUCUCCAGAAUCCUAAUUUAACCAAAGAGCAAGUGCAAAAACUUUUCGAAAAGUUCGAAAUGGAACAUAAGUUCAAAGUUUGUCCAGAUAUUAUUGAAGAUAUCUACUUGCAGACAAAUGG